CCCUCCCAGAUCUGACUCUGUCUCGCACUGAUAAAGGAGAGGUCCGGUGCGAGCAUCCGACCCAGCACAGUCUAAACUGCUGCGCAUCUGCCAAGCUUUCGCUUCAGCUGGGAUACGGAGUCCUGCAUCUAAACUAAGCUAAAAAAAAAUAAUAAUAAAAAAAUAAAUACGGAAAACAAAAUUAACUCUUUGGGAAUUAACUGAAGAGGCGAAAAAGAAGCCGACACUUGUUGCUCGUCUCGUCAGGUAAACCUGCUGUCGGCAGCCUGAAGAGCUCAGCGCAGAGUCUGGUGCGCACAUGGCACCGAAAAGGCGCUCAUCCCACUCCUGACAGUCGCGCGCUUAAUAUGAAGCCCCUCUGGAUAACGAGGCUAACCUACCUGCUGACCCACUCCGCAUCAAACCUUGUCUGUUAAAAGUUGGGAAUUUAACCUGAAUUUGAGAUUUUGUGUGGGGGAAACUUUAAAAAGCGCAGAGCCAUGCUUGGUUUAAACAGGAUUGUGAGCCUCCGGCCAGCCCGGAUUCGGAGCUGUGGUUCACCGGGAGCCAGACCCUCAUCCCGGUCUUCUUCAUGCCAAAACCCCGGUGCCAGCUCGAGGAUUUACUGUGCGUGUGUGUUGCUGCUGCUGCUGGUGACGCCCCGGGUGGAUUCCUCAUGGUGGUACAUUGGUGCGCUUGGGGCCCGUGUGAUCUGCGACAACAUCCCCGGCUUGGUGAACAAGCAGCGACAACUCUGCCAGCGCCACCCUGACAUCAUGCAGGCCAUCGGAGAGGGCACCAAGGAGUGGAUCAGAGAGUGCCAGCAUCAGUUCAGGCACCAUCGCUGGAACUGCAGCACACUGGAUCGCGACCACACCGUGUUUGGACGUGUCUUGCUUCGGAGCAGUCGUGAAGCAGCGUUCGUCUACGCGAUCUCUUCAGCAGGAGUGGUGUAUGCGCUCACUCGCGCCUGCAGCCAGGGGGAGCUCAAGACAUGCAACUGUGACCCGCACAAACGUGGACGGGCUAGCGAUGAAAGAGGAGAGUUCGACUGGGGCGGCUGCAGUGAUAAUAUCAACUACGGGAUAAAGUUUGCCAAAGCCUUCAUAGAUGCCAAAGAGAGGACUGUCCGAGAUGCACGGGCGCUGAUGAACCUACACAACAACCGCUGUGGGAGAAUAGCAGUGAAGCGGUUCAUGAAGCUAGAGUGUAAAUGCCAUGGUGUGAGCGGCUCUUGCGCACUGCGGACAUGUUGGAUGGCCAUGUCGGACUUCAGGAAGACCGGCGACUACCUGAGGAGGAAAUACAACGGGGCCAUUGAGGUGAUGAUGAAUCAGGAUGGGACAGGGUUAGCAGUGGCUAACAAAGCAUUCAGGAAGGCCACCAAGAACGACCUGGUCUACUUUGAGAACUCUCCGGAUUACUGCUUACAAGACAAGUCGGCAGGUUCCCUGGGCACGGCUGGGCGGGUAUGCAAUAGGACGUCACGGGGGACGGAUGGCUGUGAGGUCAUGUGCUGUGGGCGGGGCUACGACACCACCAGAGUCAAGCAAAUCACCAAGUGCGAGUGCAAGUUUAAAUGGUGUUGUGCUGUGGAGUGUAAGGACUGUGAGGAAGCUGUGGACAUACACACGUGCAAAGCGCCAAAACGAGCCGAAUGGUUGGACCAGACCUGAGGACAUGACCCUUCUCUUCCAUCCCUCUCCCCCCCUACAGGACGUCCUGUGGAACACGGCAUUCUGGGAAAAAAAAGUCUGUCCAAAAGUGCUCUGCGUCUUUGCCCUCCCCUGCCCCCACCUUGGUUCGAGAUUGCAUGGCUUUUCUACCUGUCUCUGUGAAAGCACUCCCAUUCAGUACCCAUCAAUAUGAAUAAUUACUAUUCGCCACCUUUUUGUGAAUGACCCUCUGACUGAGCUGCUGGGAUCAGACAUUGAACGAUGGACACUUUGGGGUUGGAUUGGGCUUUUUAAAAAGAUUCAGUCAAGACUGAAAAGAUUCAGUCAAGCCUUUUUCAAGCAUACGGUACUGGGUCAAGAAUAGUUUGCUGCUUUCAUGAUGCUAUAAAGACACAUUUUUACAUAAACUAAGCCUUCAAACGUAUCCAGUAUUAUUACAACAACGUCAUAUAUACACUUUUUUCUAUCUUUUUUUUUUGGGAGUGGGGGGGGAAUACACUUUAAUCUACAAAAAAUAAAUGCUCGGUUGGACUAGCUUCACAAGUGCACUUUGAGAAGUGGACAUGUAAGCAUAAAGUUGGGCUCAGUACGGCCAAAAAGGAUUCCCGCAAAAGGAGAAGGACAGGACAAGGAGAUGGACACCAGAUGAAUAAAUGGACAGAUGCAUCAUUGGAACUUUGAAUGCAACAUGUAAAAAGUAAAAAAAAAAAAAGAA